UGUCAAGCAGACAGUGCCGAAACAGUGCAGACGGACGGUCAUUUGAUAUCCUGGACAGGUCAACAGAAUGUCAUUGACAUGGAUUCAGAAAUCAAGUUUGGUCAGUGACCUUGGUCUGGUGAAACCCUGCAGUUAACACCAGCAUCUUAACCUGAAAACCUGUAUGAUAAUGAACAACAAUGUCGCAGGUUCUCAUUUAUGUAAGGGGAAAUCACUCUGUGGAAGAAUACUGCUUUUUCUCCCGAGAAUUAUCACCAGUCUUAAUGGACUACCAGGAAGUUGGUCUCACACUUCUGUAUGAUACGAAAACAAAGCAUACACAUCUCUGUCUGCUUAAACUUGACCCCAGCUCCAAAAAUUAUAACGAUGACAACCAGAAAAAAGAAUCCUCAGACAACAACAAAACCUCUGGAAGUACAAAGUCACAAAAUGACCAGUGUGUGGUAAAGGGAAAUUGUGGAAAUAGUGAUUAUCAGAGUCCCGGUAACUUGAUGCGAGUGUCAUUCUCUGAUAUUGUUCCAGUGAAGGAAGCGACAUUGCAAUUUGAUGCUCAUCUUGUGUCUUGUGUUUGUUGUGAACUGAAAAGGUCACGGAUAUUUAGGAGAAGGUUCCUGAAAUUUGUGGCAAGGAAUUUCGGAUUUAAACUCUUUAUUGUGCCAACUUCAGUGACUAUCUCCCAUGUUUACGAAUUCUUUGAUUCAGUUGUGCUUGUGCCUUAUGUAGUGAAAUUGGUUUUAUUGUAUCCAAGACAAAAGAUUGAUUAUGCAUGGAAUUACAGAAUGUGGAGUCAAAUGGCCAAGAGAGUAAUGUUUGAUGAUGCUAUGAACUGGCUGUCAACACUGGGAGGAGGGUACUCAUCACUUGGUGACUACUUCCAGCACCAUGCCGAGGAAGCAGGGAGGAUAUCACUGCAGCAGCUGAAAUUGUCUGAAGAAAUGGGAGAUCCUCUCAACAGUGCAAGGUGUAAGCUGUUCUAUGCACAGAGCUUGAUGCAGAGAGGCUAUAUCCGGAAAUGCAAACAAAUUGUCAGGGCACAAGGAUACUUCUGCAGGUCUUUAUUGGUCUCGGAUGACAAGCUUAUGGCUUUGUACAAGUCACUCAAAUGGAGGUUGAAGCACCUGAAGAACAAUGUAGUUACAAUCUCUUGACCUCUUGAAUGGAUUAGCUUUGUUCUAAGACCAGUUGCAUUAAAUUGUGUGCCUUAUAAAAACUUAAAAACUAUUGUUUCACUAAUUAUGUACAUGAUUAUUGUUAUUGUUUGUGCUAAUGUUUAUGUAGCACAUACUUAAUUUGGAGUAUAAAAUUAUUUUUUUAGUAUUUUUUAAGGAUCAACAGAAGAAUUUAAUGAACAGUUUAUAGCUAAGGCGUUAGUCGCAAGCUAUUGUUGAGGAAUAUUAUAUUUGCAAGCAAAGACCACCCCAUAAAACCACUCAAAACACAAAAAUGAAGUUUAAGAACAAACUGCCAGAUGUGUAAAAGCUGAAAUGAAUAUUUCAGAUUGAAAAUAUGCUUUUCAAUGGUGGUUUGAUAGAAAAAUUGACAUUCACAGUAAUAAAGGACCAAUCAUCAAUUAUUGGUGAUAAUCGUUUAUAUCUAACUUUAGUAAGUUAAUUUCAGAAAAGAAACUUUAGUGAGUUUUCUUUUCAAAAUUUGAAACUUAACUUACAAGAGUUAAAUCAUGAAUAACUAUUUUAUGAUACACAAGAUAUUUUUAUGCUGUUACAUUUUAAUCAAUUAUGAGUUUUCAUAUUACAAACCACUUCUUAAAUUCAAACAUCUGUUAUGAAACUGCAUAAAGGUAGAAUGUUGAUACUGGGUGAGUACCAAGUCAAAGGAAAAUCUUCAAAACCAUCAUGUUUCAUAAAUCAGUAGUACAUGUACUUUGCAUAGUAGAUAGAUAUUCCAUGGGUAGUUUUGAAACGUUCAAACCUAUUGUUCUGGUGUGUCUUCCACAACACAGAGGGACUAUAAUCAUGAUGUUUUGAAAAUGUUCCCUAGUUUUACAUGCAAACCAUUUUGACUAUCAAGAUAUUUGACAAAAGAAAAACUAAACUUACUGCAUUUAUACAGUAUACCAUGAAACUUGUUUUAUGGUUACAUAAAUUACGGUAAUAGUGUUGAAGGCGAUUUUUCACAGAUAAAGUUACGGAUCAAACAAAGCCAAUGGUGAUGAUGUAAGUAGUUAGACUAUUGAAUUAUUUCAGGGCUUUCAGCUGACCCCUGACAUUUAACAGGUUCGGAAGUCAAAAAACAUUUGGAAGGUCCAAACAUAAGUCAGCUAGACAUGUCCUUCUAUACCUGACAGUCGGAAGGUCAUCUUAGAGAGAUCAAAAGUCUACUGGUAGGCUAUUUUUUCCUGUUAGAAAUUAAUUUCUUAUAAGUUGUCUCCUAGUUCAGGUCUGGAAUACUCUCCCAUAUGUGAAAUUAUUUCACUUUCCUGCUGCAUUCAUAUCAGUGAAUGUAGUGAGAUUUGUCUUCCAGUGUUUAUUUAUGGUGACAUUGUUAACCCAUUCAACCGUAAAGCCAUAUGUUUACCUUACCAAAUCAAAGACUGGACAAGUCCAGUUUAACUAUGUAGGAGUGAAUAAGUUAACAUUGUACCGCAUAAAUGUGUUGUUAAAGAUAACCAACGAAUUUUGUUUUUAUUUACUAUGCACGCACAUUUUUAUACGCCCGUCGAAGACAGGGACGUAUUAUGUUAU